AUGGCCACCCCGGCAGACGUACGAGCGGUUUUCGAGGAGAAACUAAGAGAAGGUGUACCGAAUCCACCCGGGGAGUUUAACCCUGUCGAUUUAGAGCGGGUUAAAAAUGAUAGGUAUAUGAAAAGGCUUCUAGCCCACCAGGGGAAGUCGCCGCAAGCCGCCGCUGACAUGCUAUGGGAUAUACUAACAUGGAGAAAGACUGUUGGAGCGAGCGAUAUUAAUGAAAGUACUAUUCGUCUGGACUACCUCAAAGAUGGGACGUUCUACCCUAGGGGUAGAGACGUCGACGGGUCGUUAUUACUCGUUCUAAAAGCAAAACUACAUAUAAAAGGUCAAAAGGACUUUGAAGAGUUGAAGAAGUUGAUCAUUUACUGGUGUGAUAGGAUAGAAAGAGAGGAGAAUGGAAAACCUAUUACUUUAUUCUUCGAUAUGGAUGGCUGCGGGCUCAGUAACAUGGACAUGGAACUUAUAAAAUAUUUAAUUGGUAUGUUCAAGUAUUACUACCCUGCGUUCUUGAAUUAUAUUGUUAUUUAUCAAAUGCCGUGGGUGUUGUCUGCUGCUUUUAAAGUUGUUAAAUCCUUACUGCCAGCGAAGGCUGUGGAACGAAUGAAGUUUGUCGGAAAGGAUAACUUGAAGGAUGUUGUGCCACCCGAAUUGGCUGAAGCGAUAAAUAGUAAGGACGAUUAUAAGUAUGAAUUCGUCCCGGAGAAUAGAAGUACGGAGCAAACACCAAAGAAAGUGACGUUCGCAGAACAGGGAGACAGCCAGCAUUCUCCUGGUGAGAUGUUACGGUUGAAUCCGAAUGAUACAAUUGUAUUUAAACACGAUAAUGAUGAUGUCACAGGUCAAUUCACUAUAACUAAUAUGGAUGCAAGUGCAAUAUCAUUCAAAAUACGAACAACUUCACCCGACAAGUUCCGUGUUCGUCCCAGCUCUGGCGUAUUAGCUAGUGGAUCAUCAUUAACAGUGCUAAUCGUGGUUCAACCUGGUUUCCAGCUACGUACAGUUGCGAAGGAUAGGUUCCUCGUCAUGUCUGUACAGAUUCCAAAAACAGAUUUGCUUCCGAAGGAACUAGCUGACAUCUGGCAGAAUUCGACUGGCAGCAAAGUGGACGAGUAUCGCUUGAAGUGUCUCUUCCCCGAGAAAGAGAUAGCAAGGAACGGAACAGUAGUGGAUGGUAAGUCACCGGAGAAACAAGAUACAGUUACGAAGGCAUUAAACAAUUUGCAGUCAAACUAUGAAACGCUGCACAGAGAUGUUAAGAGGUUGAAAGUUUUCCAAUUCUUAACGUUAUUCAUGACAGCUGUCUCUGUCUUGCUAGGUUAUUUGGUAUAUUUACACUCGAGCACGAGCGAGAGGUACUGUGAGCGCAUGUAG